CAGCGGUUUUGACGGAAACAGGCAGCAGAACCGCGCGAAGCUCAACGACUAUUACAUGGAGCAGUCGUCGCACGCCGUCGCGCGGAACUGUCAUCGCGUCGCAACUGUUAUGCGAGUAGCUAGUCAGCCCAUUAUUUUCAAUGUACAAUCGCUCUAAGCGUAUCUACCUCUCACCUUCUCCAGAGCCCGUCCGUAGUACGUCGCGUCGCGACCCUCAGAGCAUGCGACACGCUUCAAGUGUUAGUCCACUCGAAACUCUCAUUUGUGUUAUUAAACCGCUUUUUUUUUACUUGUCGUUUUCAGUCGCGUGGUUGAUCCGAGUUGAUCGAAACAGCACGGAGAUGGUUCCGUCGAUGCCUUUCAGCUGACGUGGAAGUUUUCUCGACUGACUCCAAGUGUUUCCUGCGCGACUCGAAACCCUAGUUUGCGAAGACUGUCGUGGGAGGUAGAGGCGGGGAGGCGGAGAGGCGGAGAGGCGGGGAGGCGGGGAGGCGGAGAGGCGGAGAGGGUGUUGCGGGGAAGCGAAGCGGGGACGAGUGGGCUUACGGCUACUGCCAUUUUUAAGGAUCAAAUCGAGAUCAAUUGAUCAACUGGUUAAGUUUCAUGGAGGAGCAUUUCGUGUUACGGUUACCACCUUCGCUAGCAGCGCGGAUGGACAGAGUGUUGAGGGAAGACCCCGCCGCUGCUGGGGAUGCCGCAUUGGAGCUGUUCUUCCAAGCCGAUGGCCGCACCGGGUCGUUCGUGAUGGGCGGAGAGGCCUUCUCCGCGAAUCUGCUGGACCUGCCUGCUGUGGUGGAGUCGUGGAAGACCUAUGAUGAUAACUCGCUAGUUAAAACUGCGGACGUGGGCCAGAUGAUAGUGGUUCGGGAGCCAUCAGAAGCAGAGCGGCCGAUAGAGGGACCAGAAAGCCGAAACGGUUUAACCCCUCCCAUGCGGGACGUGAGGAGAAGGCGCUUCAGACGAGAGCCCGACCUCAAUCCGGAGAUAGUGGAGGAGGUGGAGACGGAGCUCAGAGGCAUCAUGGCGGGAGGAGCAGCCAAAGAUGUGGAUAUCCCCCUCCACACGCUCUCACUCCCCCCAUCUCUUACACCCCUCACUCGCUUUUCGUCUCAGCUUCUCCCUCACUCACUCCCUUACCCUCUGAGAGCCCUAUUUUCUCUGCAUACCUCCUCUUACUCAGCUUAAGUUCAUAGGUGCUUAAAGCAACGUACUUGAUCUCUAUAGUCCCUCCCACAUCCUUUCGUUGAAAGCGUAAUUUUGUAAAUCUCUUUGUUGUUUCCUUGACCAAAAAUGGCUUGCUUCUCUCCCCACUUUUCUCCUGCUUUCCUGCCAUCCCGCAUCCUUCGUUCCCUUGUCCGUUCUGUCUUCCCUUUCUUUGCACCCUGCUAUCCCUUCCGGCUGCUCUCUCUUCCUUCCUUUUGUCCGCCCUCUUGCUCCUUCCGUCUAUACCCUCUUUGGGGCUACCCUGGCCCGACAAAUAUCCCGCGACGCCCGCAUGCAUAUCUGGACCGUUCCUGGCCGCUGGAUCGGCUGGUUGAGUCCUUGCUGUUGGUUGCUCGUUUCUGGCCGUCGGAUCGAGCACAGCUGGAAGGGCGGGGGGCGAGGAGGAAGAGGGGGCGAGGGAGGGGAGGUGGGAGGGGCGUGGGAACAGGGGGGAGAGGACGGGGUAGAGGAAUGGGGAGAGGAGUGGGGAGAGGGGCCGGGAGAGGAGGGGGAAGAGGAGUGGGGAGAGGACGGGGAAGAGGGGGAGGAAGAGGGAGGGGAAGAGGAAGAGGGGUGAAGAGAAAGGAGGUUGAGACGGACGAUUUUGACGAGGAAGCUGGAGGUGGGGGAAAGAGAAGGAAAGCGGAUGAGGGGGGAGGAGGUGAAGAGGUAGAUGCAGAGACAGGGGAUCACGAUAAGGAGGUGGGAAGGGAGGAGGAAGGAGGACAUAUGGGGGAGGAGGGAGAGGAGGAGGAACGGGAAGAGAGGGAGGGAGGGGAGAGAGAAGAGGAGGAGCACGGGGAAGAGGCUCACGGGGAGGAGUUGGGAGAGGAUGAGGGUGGCGUGGGUGGGGAAAUGCAUGGUGAAGAGGACGAAGGGGAGGAAGAGGAGAGGGAUGCGGAGGAGGGGAUGGGUAGGGUGGGGGCAAGUAGAGGUGGAGGGGAAGCGGAGGAAGGGGGCAGUAGUGAUGAAGAGGGGAGGGAUGGAGAUGGGUUUGUGGAUGUGGAUGAUGAUGAGGAAGAGCCCUACUAGUGGUUACUGGUUAAGGGCCAUCUCAUGUACGCACAAAUAUUCAUGUCGUAGUGUGCUUGCAAUUGUUGUAGCCAGGGCCCCUGACAGCAGACGAAUUCGGUCUGAUCGUCUGAUAACCAGACUUGAUUUUUUAGUUCAUCUGAUUUUCAAGACCACUUUAUUAAUUCCGUCUGAAUGUUAAGACAAA